AUGCAUCAGGCCAUCACGUCAGCUCAGAUAGCUCACUGGUUUACAGUCGGAGCACAGUUUGCGAACAUCAGGAUCACUAAUGAAGUGAAAAAGGCAGAGGCCGAAGCUAACGUUACAGAAGUCAGAACUGAUCAGGCGUUGUCUGAGCAGACCUCUCCAGAGGAGAAAUCAGAUGAUGGAAACCAGAGGAAGAGGGCACAACUUCCAACCUGUUCAGGAACCUGCCCUCCUUCGCUGGCCAGUUAUGAGUAUCCAAUUCUACCAAUUACUAAGAACAGACAAGAGUUGGUGUCACUGAUUGAGAAUAACUCUGUGGUCAUCAUUCGUGGAGCUACCGGCAGUGGGAAAACCACCCAGCUGCCACAGUUCAUUGUGGAUCACUAUGCAGAGAGAAACAUACCCUGUAAUCUGGUGGUCACUCAGCCUCGCAAAAUCGGCGCUACAAGCAUCGCCCGUUGGGUGGCACGUGAGCGCAAAUGCACCCUGGGAAGCUUGGUGGGGUAUCAGGUGGGUUUGGAGAAGAUGGCCACAGAACACACCAAGCUGAUUUAUGUGACCACAGGAGUCUUACUGCAGAAAUUAGUAUCAUCCAAAACACUCACCGAAUACUCACACAUCUUCAUAGAUGAGGUCCAUGAAAGAUCAGAAGAGCUUGAUUUCCUAAUGCUGGUUGUCAGAAAACUGCUACGGUCCAACUCCAGAUAUGUUAAGGUCAUUUUGAUGUCCGCGACCAUAAACUGUAUUGAGUUUGCAGAGUAUUUUGGGUCUCCGAUUCGUAAUCAGAUGAAUCCAGCAUACGUGUUUGAGGUAGAAGGAGCCCCAUACACCGUUGAAGAGUACUACCUGGAUGAGCUCAAAACCAUGCUGCCUAUUGGAGUCAAUUUGGACUUAACUUUCCCACAAGACCCUUACAUCACCGAGGAGAUGUAUAAUGUUGCUGUAUCUCUCAUCCAGAGCUUCGAUGAGAUGGAGGCUAAAGAUCACAGGAGCUCGAAGCAGACAGGAAGUGCUACUCAUCCAGAAAGAGGCAGUGUGCUGGUCUUCCUGCCUGGCCUUGCUGAAAUCCAGUACAUGAAGGAGGCCCUCUCAAAACUUGUGCGCAAGAGGUUGCAGGUGUAUCCUCUUCACUCUACUGUCACCUUAGAAGAGCAGAAUGGAGUGUUCUUGGUUCCUGUACCUGGAUACAGAAAGAUUAUUCUGUCCACAAACAUUGCAGAGAGUUCUGUCACAGUGCCUGAUGUUAAAUACGUGAUUGACUUCUGCCUUGUGCGUCAGUUGGUGUGUGAUAAGGAAACCAAUUACAGAUGUCUCCGUAUCACAUGGGCAUCUAAGACCAGUUGCAACCAGCGUCGGGGACGUGCUGGACGGGUCUCUAAAGGCUUCUGUUACCGGUUGGUGACGAGACAUUUCUGGGAGAAUGAGAUUCCAAAUUUCUCAAUUCCAGAGAUGCUGCGGUCACCGUUGGCCAGUACCUUGUUGAAGGUAAAGUUGUUGGAUAUGGGUGAUCCUCGCUCGGUUCUCUCCACAGCCCUCACACCACCUAUCCUCAGUGACAUCGAAAGGACCGUCCUGCAGCUCAAACAGAUCGGAGCUCUUUCUGUGCAGAGCAACAGUCAGAGGCAGUUUGAUGGCGAUUUGACGUUUCUGGGUCGUGUGUUGGCACAGCUGCCCGUAGACUUGCAGUUGGGGAAGCUGGUUGUUCUUGGACAUGUGUUUGGCUGUCUAGAGGAGUGUCUUAUCAUUGCUGCAUCUCUCUCCCUGAAGAGUUUCUUUGCCAUGCCGUCACUGCAGCAGCUGGCUGGGUACAGGAGUAAGUUGAGCUUUGCACAAAAUGUUCCAAGUGACUUCUUUGCUUACGUCAAUGCCUUCAAGGCAUGGUACACGUCGAGAGCUAAAGGAGAACUCAGACACCCAAAGGAUGAACUGGAAUGGGGCAAAGAAAACUGCAUUCAGAUCAAGCGAAUUAGAGAAGUGGCAGAGCUCUUUGAGGAUCUAAAGAAGAGAGUGUCCAGAUUUAACAUGCACAUCAGCAGCUCCUCAAACCCUACAGACUAUACUAGUCUGCACAAACAGAGAUUCAUCUUGCAGGUGGUCAUUGCGGGUGCAUUAUUCCCAAACUAUUUCUCCCAGGGAGAAAUUGAUGAGCAGCUGGCAUCCAAGGAACUUUCUGGAAACGAUCCAAAGACCACAAUUCUGAUUCGCAAUUUGCCUCCGUUUGCAUUCCUCUGCUAUAAGCAGCUGCAGUCACUGUUUCGUCAGUGUGGACAGGUCAAAUCAAUCGCUUUUGAUGGAUCGAGAGCGUAUGUGGAGUUCUAUCGCUCAUGUGUGAGGGAGUCGGGUGUGUUACAUGAGGUGUUAUUGGCAUUGCUGAGAUCACGACACACUCCAGCACUCCACCUGCAGGUGCACCAUGCAGAUGAAGUGGAGUUCCAUGCUAAAGGGAAGCCCAUCGCCCACCUGCGUUACACAAGGGUUAAUGUGGAUGUUCAGAGCCACACUGUGUCUCCUGUUGGAGUUCUGAGCAGCACUGUGAAUCCAGAGAAACUUCCAUCCAGCAGAGAUUUCGUCAUCAACAUUACCGAGGUGAUCGAUGUGGGCCAUUUUUGGGGCUUUCAGACAGACGAGAACAAUGUUGAGAAACAGUGUCAGUUAACAGCAGCACUAAACAUGAGAGAUCUGAGACCCUUGUCAGUUUCUCUCUAUCCAAAUCUGCUGUGUGUGGCACCUUUCAAAGAUGGUCAGCAAAUGGCGAAAUACUUUAGAGCCAAAGUACUGCAUAUACUGGGCAGCAAUGUAGAGGUCUUUUUUGUGGAUUUCGGUAACACCUCUGUGGUCCCGAGCAGCAGUCUGAGAGAGCUCCCAUCUGACCUGAUGACCCCAGCCUUUCAAGCGCAGGAGUUCUGCAUCGCAGGGAUGGCUCCGUCUGCCCAGUCCCUGAUUCUGGGUGAUCGCUGGAGCAGUCGGGCUCGUAACCGCUUUAAGACCCUCACAAGUGGUCGCUCCGCCAUCGUCUCGCUCUACUCUAUCCUGCAUGGCGUCAUGCGUGUUGACCUGCACAUUUCCACUGAGACGGGUGACGUGAGUGUGGCUGAUCUGCUGGUGCAGGAGGGUCAUGCCUGCCACGCGCCUGAGAGCUUUGAGAGUCAGCAGUCUCAUGAGGUUCUGAUAUCUCUGUAUGAAGAUAUGGCCAGUGGCAGAUUCACCCCCAGUUUUGCUAGUGGUUCACUGAACAGCAGGAUGGAGGAAGACAAGCAGCUCAUCAACCAGCUCCUUUUGCACUUCUGUGCAUCUGGCAGCAGCGCCCCCAAGUGCAAGGCUGUAGUUCAUGGUCCCAGCAGCCCACACAAGGUCAACUUUCACGGCAUGAGUAGAGUCAGCAACUUCAGGUCUGUCAACAUUGAAAGAGACAGUAUUAACUGUGUAAUGGUGAAUGAGAAACCACAGGACUGGCAUGAGAGGAUGCUGGUGGCUGCAAGUGUGUCUCUCAGUGCCUCAGGUUCUCGAAUCUUGCUGAAGGAAACCUCUCUGAUGCCUCACAUCCAUGGCCUUCCCUCCCUCGUGACGAUGCUCUUCACCCCUGUCAUGGAACUGCGUACAAAUGAAGACAGGACCUGUUUUACUGGAGCUCUGUGUGGAUUGGGCUGGAACUCCGUUUCCCAACAAGCAUUGCUUCCUGAACAUGAUAUUGAGAUUGCAUUUGAUGUCAAGUUUGAAAUUGAAGACAUCACAGAGAUAAAUGCACUGAGGGGCACAGUGAACAGGCUUGUGUGUGACGGACCCAACGGCCUCCUAAACCUGAGCCAGGAGAAGAUCAGCAGCCUUCAGGAGGAGGCUAGAGAGCGACUCGUCAGACUGUUCAUCAAAACUCCUUCCAGACCGGAGUGCACACCAGUGUACCAUGACAAAUUCAAGAAGUGGAACCUGGUGGAUCGCUCUCAGCAGAUGGAGAUACAGGAGAAGGAUGCUGGCAAAUCCAAAGGUGUGCUGUUCCAGCUGCAUCCCAUCACCUUACUGAACAUGUGAGGAACAUCUGACAGAUGCAGCAUUGCAGGUUUUGUUAGUUUUCAGUAUUAUAAGCAGAUGACAGAUGUUUGAAUGGUUGUAAAUGUGCAGUGUUUUAGUUUUAUCAGGCUUUUUUUUGUUACUUGAGUAAGAGAGUUUAAGUUGCAUGA